AUGCCAGUCACCUGGGAUGACGCGACCGAGCGCCAGUUCCUACUCGCAUUCAUCCACGUCGCCAAUCCAGACACUCCCAGCUGGGCCAAAGUUGCAGAAGUCCUCAACGCAGGCGGAGGAUCCGAGUUCAAUGGCAACGCGCUUCGUCAGAAAUAUGCCAAAUUGAAAAAAGCCGCUGAGGUGCAAUUUGGAGUUGCAUCUGAUGAUGGAGAGGGAGAUGGUGCUGAAGUCCUUCUCAAGACGCCUUCGCGCCCGCGGGGUAAGAAGGCGGGAAGUGAGAUGUCGGUGAAGAAGAGUUCUGGUAAACGCAAGAAGACUACCAAGAAGUUGGACGAUGAGGGAGGUUCGAAGGGUGAGGGAGAGGAGGAGGAGGAUGAGGAUGAAGAGGAUGAAUUGGCGAGCCCGAGUAAGAAGGUCAAGCGCGAACCGGGUAUUCAGAGCGAGGAUGAAGAUGCGCUGUUUUGA